AUGACGAACCUGUCCGGAGUCUCCGACGGUCAGCCGGUAGCGGGAUGCGACGACCAGAAGCGGCAGGAGUUUGCCAAGGAGGACUACGUUCACAGGGUCCCCGAGGGAGACGUCCGCCCGUCGCAGCAUUUCAGCAACUUGCUGUUCAGCGGCGAUCUGCUGAGCACGGCGAUGGAGCUGGCGCUCCUGGUUGGCCUGACCUCUGCAGCGGUCCUGCUUCCAGUGGACACCGUGAACGUGAGGGGCAGCAUGCCGCUCUUGGAGGUGGCGGCGUUCUUCUGGUGCACGAGCAUCGUGACGAGGGUGUACAAUUCGUACCUCGAGGCGUGCUACUUUGCUUUCCCGCAGUACCGCACACAGCCGCCGAGCGAUCAUGCGCUGAUCGACCGCAAAGACUUGUGCGGCCGUGACAGGGUCCAGCUUGAGCGGCUGGUGCUGCACGAUCGGCUGACGAUGCUGAGCCAGUUCGCCUUCGGCGUGCUCGUGUACUACUGCCUGCCGGGCUACUACCCCGCGGCGGAGGACGUGAAGGACAGUCUCCCCGUCAGGGUCGCGAAGCUCGCUCUGAACCACUAUCUGCGGCGGACGUCAUGUCCUUCGGCAUGUACUGGGGCCAUCGAGCUUACCACGUCAACCCCUGGCUCUGGAAGAACCUGCACUCGGUCCACCACUGGGCCCGGCACCCGCUGUCGCGGAACACGUACCAGGACCACUGGCUCGAGAAUCUCAUCAAUCAUGUUGCUGGGCACUUCGCCGCACAGGUCCUCUGCCCCAUCGACCACGGGUGCUUCUGGGUGUCGCACGUUUUUCGCAUCCUGGAGAGUUUGGAGAAGCAUUCUGGCAUCAGCUGCUACCUGA